ACUCCCCGUCGGAAGUAAAAGUUUUCCGCUUAGCUUCACAUUAGUGGUACAAGCUGUGAGAGAGCGAACAGGGAGCUCGCUGCUGCCACCUCAACAUGAAGGCGCAAAACCCCAGCAUUUAGAGCUAAUAAGCGGCUCCCACAGUGAGGAAUAAGCGACGGACUUUACCAAAUUUAUUCACCGAACACUCUGCCAAUGAUACAGCAACAAACAUCUUCUGCAAAAGCAACGGGAAGCGCGGCUUUUAUUUGAAAGAUGGCGAACGACUCUCCAGCUAAAAGUCUAGUAGACAUAGACUUGGCUUCAUUGCGGGAUCCAGCUGGGAUAUUUGAAUUGGUGGAGGUAGUUGGAAAUGGAACCUAUGGACAAGUAUACAAGGGACGACAUGUCAAGACCGGACAGCUGGCUGCCAUCAAGGUCAUGGAUGUCACAGAGGAUGAAGAGGAGGAAAUUAAACUGGAGAUCAAUAUGCUGAAGAAGUAUUCUCAUCACAGAAACAUAGCCACUUACUAUGGUGCUUUCAUUAAGAAGAGCCCCCCAGGACAUGAUGACCAACUAUGGCUCGUGAUGGAGUUCUGCGGUGCUGGUUCGAUCACAGACCUGGUGAAGAACACCAAGGGAAACCAACUGAAGGAAGACUGGAUCGCCUACAUCUCCCGAGAGAUCCUCAGAGGUCUGGCCCACUUACAUGCCCACCAUGUUAUCCACCGUGACAUCAAGGGCCAGAACGUCCUGUUGACUGAAAAUGCUGAAGUCAAACUAGUGGACUUUGGCGUUAGUGCUCAGCUGGACAGGACAGUGGGGAGGAGGAACACCUUCAUCGGGACUCCUUACUGGAUGGCCCCUGAGGUCAUUGCUUGUGACGAGAACCCAGACGCUACAUAUGAUUACAGAAGUGAUCUGUGGUCUUGUGGUAUCACAGCUAUUGAAAUGGCUGAAGGAGCACCACCACUUUGUGACAUGCACCCUAUGCGUGCGCUCUUCCUCAUUCCAAGAAACCCUCCUCCUAGGCUCAAAUCUAAAAAAUGGUCCAAAAAGUUUUUCAGUUUCAUCGAGAGCUGUCUGGUGAAGAACUACACUCAGCGCCCCCCAACAGAGCAGCUGCUGAAGCACCCCUUUAUCCGAGACCAGCCCAAUGAGAGGCAAGUCCGUAUACAGCUCAAAGACCACAUUGACCGGACCAAGAAGAAGAGGGGAGAGAAGGAUGAGACUGAGUACGAGUACAGUGGCAGUGAGGAGGAGGAGGAGGAUGCCCCAGAGCAGGAGGGAGAACCCAGCUCCAUUGUCAACGUGCCAGGUGAGUCUACUCUGCGCCGCGACUUUAUCCGCCUCCAGCAGGAGAACAAGGAGCGAUCAGAGGCGCUCCGUCGCCAGCAGCUCCUCCAGGAGCAGCAGCUCCGGGAGCAGGAGGAGUACAAGCGCCAACUAUUGGCUGAAAGGCAGAAACGUAUUGAGCAGCAGAAGGAGCAGAGGAGGCGCCUGGAAGAGCAACAGCGACGGGAACGGGAGAUGAGGAGACAACAGGAGCGUGAGCAGCGUCGCCGUGAGCAGGAGGAGAAGAGGCGUGUUGAAGAGAUGGAUCGUAGACGCAAAGAAGAGGAGGAACGGCGGCGGGCCGAGGACGAGAAGAGACGGAAUGAUCGUGAACAGGAGUACAUCAGACGUCAGCUGGAGGAGGAGCAGAGACACCUGGAGAUGCUGCAGGAGCAGCUGCUCCGUGAACAGGCCAUGCUGCUGGCUGACGAGCGGUACCGAAAGAAUAUUCAGAGCUCCCCUCAGAGUGCCCCCCCUCCCAAGCAGCCCCCUCUACCUCCCCGUUCCUCUGAACCGUUCUCCAAUGGCAGCUCCUCCUCUGAAGCUUCUGCCAUACACCGGCCCAUGGAGCCUCAGGUACAGUGGUCCCACCUGGCUGCCCUUAAAAGUGGCAACAGCGCCGCCCCCUCUCCUCCUCCGCCCGUGGUCUCUCGCUCCCAGUCCUUCAGCGAGCCCGGUGGCGUGACCUCUAGCUUUGCACAACUCCACCUGCGCUCUCAGGACCCCCACCAUCACCACCACCACCAUCCGUCGCCCGCACGCACUGACCCCCAGCCCCAACCUCCCCUCCACCACCCUCAGGCCCAGACUAGGGCCGAACAUCAGGCCAGCAGUGAAGACGUGCCUCCCAAGGUGCCAGUGAGGACAACGUCUAGGUCCCCAGUACUGUCGCGUCGAGAGUCCCCUCUGCCAUCACAGCCCAGCAACCAGGGUGGGCAGAGGAAUGCUGGCAAUGUGGAGCAGCGCCCGCUGUGGGACCGAGUGGAGAAGCUGCAGCCACGGCCUGGCAGCGGCAGCUCCUCUGGCUCCUCUAACUCCAGCUCCCAGGCCAGUUCUGGAGACCGCUUCAGGCCACGCUGUGAGUCCCCUGCUUCCUCCAAAUCUGAAGGAUCGCCUCUCCAGCGACCUGAAAAUGUUCCCAAAAAACAAGAUGAAAAGAACGUUGCCAGGCCUGCUCGACCAGCUGGUGAUGUGGACCUGACUGCUCUGGCAAAGGAGCUCCGUGCAGUCGACGAUGUGCGGCCUCCUCACAAAAUCACUGACUACUCAUCCUCAAGCGAGGAGUCGGGCACCACCGAUGAGGAUGACGAUGAGGAGGUGGAUCAGGAGGCAGGAGAGGAGUCCACCUCUGGAACUGAGGACACCAAAGCUGGGAGGCUGAGUAACGGGGAGACUGAGUCUGCUAAGACAGUGCUGGUGGAAGACUCAGAGAGUGACCAAGCCACUACGCCCUCCAAGGAUGGCACGCUGGUCAUCAGACAGAGCACCGAUGACAUAAAGCGGUUGGUCAAUCUCUCCUCCUCUUCCUCGGCUGGCUCUGGUCACAGCCGUGGCCAGCCCCAAGCCCUGAGCUAUGGCCUGCCAGAGAAAAACGGCUUUGCCGCCCGCAUACACCACCUCCCAGACCUUAUCCAGCAGAGCCACCACUCCCCUUCCUCUUCUGCAACCAUCCCUUCCUCUUCCUCCUCCUCUUCUUCUUCCUCCUCCUUCCUCUCUUCAUCUAGCCAUGCCAGUCCUGCCAUGUCCCCACAGAAUUCCAUGGACAAACUCACUGCCGUAGAGUCCCAGUCAGAGAGCAACUCCAUGUCCAAACACAAGUCUUCCUCUUCCUUCACUCCCUUCAUCGACCCUCGCCUUCUCCAGAUCUCUCCAUCCAGCGGCAGCUCCCUCAACAACAUGGCUGGAUUUGCACAGGACGGUCGGGUGGCGGACCCGCUGAAGUCUGACCCAUCCCGUAAAGGCUCAGUGGUCAACGUCAACCCGGUCAACACGCGCCCGCCGAGUGACACACCAGAGAUUCGCAAGUACAAGAAGAGGUUCAACUCUGAGAUCCUGUGUGCUGCGCUCUGGGGAGUGAACCUGCUGGUCGGCACAGAGAGCGGUCUGAUGCUGCUGGAUCGAAGUGGUCAGGGGAAGGUCUACCCCCUGAUCAAUCGACGACGCAUCCAACAAAUGGAUGUCCUGGAGGGACUCAAUGUCCUGGUCACUAUAUCAGGUAAAAAGAACAAGCUGCGGGUGUAUUACCUGUCAUGGCUCAGAAAUAAGAUUUUGCACAAUGACCCUGAGGUGGAGAAGAAGCAGGGCUGGGUCAAUGUGGGCGACCUGGAAGGCUGCGUCCACUACAAAGUCGUGAAGUAUGAGAGGAUUAAGUUUUUGGUGCUGGCCUUGAAGAACUCGGUGGAGGUGUAUGCCUGGGCACCCAAACCCUACCACAAAUUCAUGGCCUUUAAGUCUUUUGGUGACCUGGUGCACAAGCCUCUGUUGGUUGACCUGACGGUGGAGGAAGGCCAACGGUUAAAAGUCAUCUAUGGCUCCUGCUCAGGCUUUCAUGCCGUGGAUGUGGACUCCGGUGCUGUCUAUGACAUCUACCUGCCCACACAUAUCCAGACCAGCAUUCAGUGCCACGCCAUCAUCAUCUUGCCCAACACCGACGGGAUCGAGUUGCUGGUGUGUUACGAGGAUGAGGGCGUCUACGUCAACACCUACGGACGUAUUACCAAGGACGUGGUGCUGCAGUGGGGAGAGAUGCCGACUUCAGUGGCCUACAUUAGGUCAAACCAGAUCAUGGGCUGGGGUGAGAAGGCCAUAGAGAUCCGCUCUGUUGAGACAGGACACCUGGAUGGCGUCUUCAUGCACAAGAGAGCCCAGAGACUCAAGUUCCUUUGUGAGAGGAAUGACAAGGUCUUCUUUGCAUCUGUGCGUCCUGGAGGUGCCAGUCAAGUGUACUUCAUGACCCUGGGACGCUCCUCCCUUAUGAGCUGGUAGUCGACAUCCCACCACACCAGCCAAGCAGUGACCAACAGACAAUUGUGACAAUGAAGAUGAGAACAGCCUUGAGCCUGAGCUGUAGAAGCAUCUCUGGAAGAACCAGCUUCUCCUCACCUGCUCAGGUGAACAAACAACAGAUUGGACCGUAAUCAUGAAAAGAAGCAAGGAAUGGGUGUGUGUUUUGGGGCGGGGAUGUGUGUUCUGUCUGUGUGCAAGUCCACUGAGUGUACUAGUAAACUAUAUUAGGACAACAGA